AGUAAACAAGCCUGCCUUCGUCAAUGUAAAGCUUUGUCAACUAACCAUAAAUUUCUGACCUUAUCCAAACCUGUGUCUCUAAAUACACUGUUAUCCUUUGUAAGCUCUGCCCUUGGCUGCAACUACUGGGUCUACGACAAAGUUAAUCAUUUCUGAACUCUUUUACCUUUCCCCUUUUUUAUUUUUUGUUUUUAAUAUUUAACUUCGUAAAAUUGACAUGCAUUAGAUUGAUACAUAGUUUUUGUAUAUGGAAUUUUUAGUUUCUAGAUUGUGGGCAUAACGGAGAUGGCAACAUCCGCAGUCUUUCCUCCAGCGACAGUCGCCGGUGCCGUGGUAAGGUGCGGGAGCAGAACCCAGAAGAGAAUGAAGAAGGUACUGUAUCUGAAUGGAUUGAAUUCCUAUGGAGGUCUUAAAGCACACAACGAGGUGGUCUCUCUCGGCAUAACUCUAUGCACUGAACAGUGCUUCGCAAAUGUUGUGAGCUCUCUCAAGACAACAUCCAAAAGAAGAGGCGGUGGCGGUGGUGCACUUUGGUCUACCUGUGAUGCUGCGUCUGAGAUAUUCAGGAUUGCCGCCAUCAUGAAUGGGCUUGUGCUAGUUGGGGUUGCGGUUGGCUUCGUUCUUCUGCGAAUUGAAGCAUGGCUAGAAGAAUCUGAGUGACUCUUAAUUCUUCUCUCUAUCUGACGUUUAAUUGAUUUGUUUUGCUGUAAAUUCAAGUUUGCAGAAAUGCCUCUGUUAUCUUUCGCAAUAAAUUUAAUCCUUAGUUUAUACUA